CUAUGAUGGCCUCCAGAGUGCUGCUCCUUCUUCAGCUGCUCCUGCUGACCUCCCUGGUCUCGGCAUCUCAUCACUGGGGAGGAGCCAUGAACUUUGCCUACAAAGGUAGAAACCCGGAUGGAACAUAUAAGCUGUCCCUCCGAAUUAAAAGUACUUAUGAUGCCUGUUAUUACUACCACUACUGGUACUGUUAUGAUGGGAACUGUGGCUAUGCAAACACUCGAACUACAAAUCAAAUCGACACAAGCACCAACGCACCAAUAUACGAAAGUCAAUGGUGCGAAACAGAAACUAUUGAGACAUGGAACCUCCCAACUGACAAACCACUUAAGCUCAGGUCAGCUAGCUGCUGCUGGAUCUCAACACGUAACUCAGUUUCUAAUUGGAACUUUGAUUCCCUCGUGGAUUUUGGAGCAAGAUCAGACACAAGACAACCAAAUAAAUCACCUCAGACUGCUAUUGUUCCAUUCUUAAGAGUUCCUCAGAACUGCCCGAGAACAUACAAGUUGGCUGCCUUUGAUCCAGAUGGUGAUAGAGUCCGCUGCAGGUAUGGAAAUCUCCAAGGAUAUGAAUGUGACAAUUGCCAUCUCCCUUCAGGCUUCCAGCUUGACCAGGAUUCUUGCACAUUACACUACCAGCAAACCAAUUAUGACUACAGUGUCUUUGGUUUUGAGAUGGUGGUAGAAGACUACCCACGUACAACUAUUGAUUUGUUCUAUUCUGAUGGAUCAAGUGCUCGCAAGUAUCCACUGCUUUCAAGGAGCAAGAGACAAGCCUCAGUUAAUUUUACAACUCCCUCAUGGUGGUGGUGGACAACCACUGCACCUCCGACUACUACUGCACAACCCAAUCCAUGGUGGUGGUGGUCAACCACUGCACCUCCGACUACUACUGCACAACCCAAUCCAUGGUGGUGGUGGUGGUCAACCACUGCACCUCCGACUACUACUGCACAACCCAAUCCAUGGUGGUGGUGGACAACCACUGCACCUCCGACUACUACUGCACAACCCAAUCCAUGGUGGUGGUGGUGGUCAACCACUGCACCUCCGACUACUACUGCACAACCCAAUCCAUGGUGGUGGUGGACAACCACUGCACCUCCGUCUACUACUGCACAACCCAAUCCAUGGUGGUGGUGGUCAACGACAACAACCCCUGCACCCAGAACUACUGUGUCCAGGAGCACACACAAUGUGAUCGAUACUCCCCUUAGUAAGCAACCUCUGCAGUUCUCUUUUCUAGUGGAUCCACCUGUUUCCUCCUGUCAGGAGGGACUCUUCCUGCCUCAGCUUGUGGCUCCAACACCUGCAGAUGGUAGCCGGAUCAUGGCGGAGGUCAACAAAGAGGUGGCGAUCAGAGUCAAAGCGCAGGCAAUGCAUUCCACUAUCCAAGACAUCAUCUUCAGCGGACCAUCAAACGUCACCAAGCACAGGGACAUUAACAACCACUUUGUCAUCCGAUGGACACCAGUUGAAGAUGAUCUGGGAGAUCAAUACCCGAUCUGCUUUGCAGUGGAAUCAGUGAGCGGAUCUUCCUACUUUCAGUCUGAGAUGAGGUGUGUUCUUGUGGAAAUCCGGAAGAAACAAAUUGAAGCCACAGUGACCUGCACUGAAUCCACAAUGAAGGUGGAGGUUGAAAAAGCUUCCUUCUUUGGACUCCAAGAGGAUCAUCUUCGCCUCAGUGACCCCAGUAACACCAUCUGCAGCCUUGACAGGCUCUCCAACAGCACUCACAUAGUCGCCAUCAUUCCUCUCAACGGCUGUGGUACUCAGAUCGAGGAAGAUGAAGAUAACCUCAUUUUUAAGAAUGAGAUCACCACAACGGAUGAUGCCCCGAACACACUGAUCACCAGGAAGCAUCUGUUGGAGGCCCGGUUCUACUGCCAGUACCCCAAACGGGGCAAUGUGACCGUGAGCUUCUCAGCGCAUAGAAAGAACAUCACGGUGUGGGAGAAAGGUUUUGGCACGUUCACCUACCAGUUCGAAUUCUACCAGGAUGACCAGUUUGGAGCCAUGUUCGACCCAAACUCAUACCCUCUGGAGUUUGACAUCGGAAACAGGAUUUACAUGCAGAUAGACGCCAGCUCCUCCGUCAACGACACCGUGAUGUUUGUGGAGUCCUGCAGAGCUGCGCCAUAUGACAACCCCAACUACCAGCCAACCUACUCCAUCAUUGAGAACGGGUGCGAAGUUGACCCGACUGUGCAGAUCCACCCCACCCCCAACGACAGACAGUUCAGGUUCAGCAUGGAGGCCUUCAAGUUCAUUGGGUUGCAUGAUCAGGUGUACAUCAGCUGCACAGUUAUGAUGUGUGAAGCAGGGAACCCCAACACAAGGUGCUCGCAGGGAUGCAUCAACUCCCCAUGGUCCAACAACUUAGGCCGCAGAAAGAGAGAGGCUACGGUCGAGAGCGGAAAGCACUUAAUUUCCCAGGGUCCUCUGCGUUUAAGGCGUGCAGCAGACCCCAGAGGAGGCUCAGCAUUCAACCUGAACCUGAACCUGGUGUUAGUUGCUGGAUGUCUUCUUCUUGCUGUUGGGAUGGUCUGUGGUGUGAUCAUCUACAGAACCAAAACCUCCAGGGCCAAAUAUCAGCCUCUGCGCUCAUAUGAGAACUAAAACUGUAGCGUCUGCCAGGCUGCUUGGAUUAUUAGCAUGUGGGAUUCUGGGUGAUUUAUAAUAACGUCUUUUUAAUAUCUAAUAAAGAUGCUAAUAGCUGUGCUGUGUUUAUUUAACAGCUGCUUUUGUUGAUGCUAAAAUAGAAGAAAAUCCAUCUGAAAUAUGUAGUUUUCGAUUAAAAUGGAGGAAAGUUCCUCACUUAGCACUGCAGCUGCUGAGUUUCUGUUCUGUGAUGAAUAUUUACUUUUUUCUCCUGUUCUGUAUUACAUUAUGGUAUGAAGAAGGUAGCACAGAUGAACAUUUUGUUUCUGGUUUGUUAUAAUCAGCCAGCUUUGAACAAAUUUAUGUUAUUACUGUAGGGGUCUAUUUUUGAGUUAUCUUUUUAUUUUGCUCUUGUGUGUGUAAAGGUGGACUUAAUAAAAAUACUCAUGUUGUAUGUGAAA